AGAGGAGCUGCGCUCACAGUGAGUUCUCAUUUACAAACUUUACAAACUUUCAAAUCAAACGAGUGAAAACAUUCAUUCACUCCUGACAGAGGUGUGGUUCUGAUCCGUGUUAGAGAGUAGCUAAUGCAGUGUAUAUUUGACUCUCCAUUUCCUGCUACUUCAUCAUUUUACUCAAGGUUUGAGCUUCAGUUGGUGUGAUAAAAAAUAAAUCAUGGGAGCCAACGACCUCAAAAUGACCUCUGACCCCGAGGAGUCACGCUUCCCUGCCCAACGCCGGAGUCUCUUCAACAACAUUAAGUUCUUCGUGUUUUGCCACAGUUUGCUGCAGUUGGCUCAGCUGUUGGUAUCGGGCUACAUGAAGAGCUCCAUCUCCACCAUCGAGAGACGUUACGGCUUCUCCAGUCAGAAGUCCGGGAUCCUGGCUUCUUUCAAUGAGGUGGGGAACACGGUCCUCAUUGUGUUCGUGAGUUUCCUGGGCAGUCGGGUCCACCGGCCGCGCUGCAUCGGCGGCGGCGCUCUGCUGGCGUGUCUCGCCUCGCUGAUCAUGGCGCUGCCGCACUUCCUGGGGGGCGUGUACGAGUACACGGACAGCAUCAGCUCCUCCGGCGUUAACAGAUCCAGCCUCUGCCAAUCAGAGAGCCCCGUCUCCACCUCCUCGUCCAAUCAGAGCUGCAGCAGGCAGCAGAGCGGGGCCCAGCAGGGGGUCUACCCUCUGCUGCUGAUGGGUCAGCUGUUGCUGGGCAUCGCCGCCGUGCCCAUCCAGCCGUUCGGCAUCUCGUACAUCGACGACCACGCCAGCAGGAAGAACUCCCCGCUGUACCUCGGCAUCCUGCUCGCUGUGACCUCCAUCGGCCCGGCGUUCGGCUUCAUCAGCGGCUCGCUCAUGCUGCGCUUUUAUGUCGACUUUGACAAGAUAUCCAAAGACCAGAUCCAGCUGAACCAUAAGGAUCUGCGCUGGGUGGGCGCCUGGUGGCUGGGCUUCCUCGUGGCAUCCUGCCUCCUCUUCCUCGCCGCGCUGCCGUACCUCUUCUUCCCCCGAAGCAUCCCCAAAGAGGAUGCCGAGGAUGACGUGGAUUCGACUCCAGACUGCAAGCAGCAGCUGCAGCAGACAGAGUCGGAAACAUCUCUCCUUCAGUUCCUCAAAAGUUUUCCUCGCAUCGCUCUGCGGACGCUGCGCAGCCCCAUCUACCUGCUGGUGGUUCUGGCUCAGGUGAACCUGGCGGCGCUGCUGGCCGGCCUCGCCACCUUCAUGGCCAAAUUCAUUGAGAGACAGUUCAGCCAGACCGUCUCCUUCUCCACCAUGAUGAUAGGAGGCGUUUGUAUCCCGCUGGCGGUGCUGGGUACGGUCCUCGGCGGCGUCCUGAUGCGGAGGUUGAGUCUCUCUGUCGGCGGGGCCAGUAAGCUCUGCACCUCGGCCAUCCUGCUCUGCAUCGUGUCCUCUACACCCCUGCUGCUGCUCGGCUGCUCCACACAGAGGGUCGCCGGGGUCUUCCCUCCAGGCAGUGCUGCGUUGUCAUGCAGCACCAGCUGUCGGUGUCCGGCGGAGGCGUUUAACCCGGUGUGUGGUUCAGACAGAGUGGAGUACAGGUCCCCGUGCCACGCCGGCUGCAGAAACGUAGAGAUAGACGCCGACAACAAACCCAGCAACUACACUGAGUGUGGGUGUGUCGGGGGUCUCCGCAUCGCCUCUCCUGGAACCUGUGGCAGUGGAUGUCCCCACCUCCUGCUCCCCUUCGUGGCUCUGCUGGGGGUCACCAGCUUCAUCGCCUCCUUCUGUCAGACGCCCUCCGUCAUGAUGAUCCUCAGGACGGUGCCCGCGGAGGACAAGUCGUUCGCAGUGGGGGUGCAGUACAUGCUGUUCAGAGUGCUCGCGUUCAUGCCCGGCCCGGUGUUGUACGGUAGUGUCAUCGACACCACUUGCAUCCUGUGGGGCAGGAAGUGCGGCAAGCAGACUUCCUGUCAGUACUACGACCUGGACCGGUUCAGACACAGGUUCCUGGGUCUGCAGGUGGUGUUUGUGUGCGGCGCGCUGCUGUGCUUCCUGUUGACGAUCGUGGUCCUGCGCCGGAGGGCCAGCCAGCCGCAGCCGCAGGAGGGAGGCUACGAGACGGUGAGCGCUCCGUAUAAAGAGAAGGAACUGGAGGCCAUCAAGACCUGAAGACAAGCGGGGGACGCAGGGAUAUACAGACACUGAACGAGGCAGGGUGGAAGCUGCGAGGUGAUGUAAAGGAUCCGUCAGCCUGUAUAACCAGAGACUCUCAUAUUGUUCUCUAUGCUAACCCUCCAGUGGAUGCACAGAAGCUGAGCCAUGUAUUAACCUCUCCUCUGCUCAGGGAUAUAGUCUGUCUGUGCGUUCGCUCUCUGGCUUUUAGUCUAUUUGACCUCCUGAAAGGCUCGGGUUACUUCAGUCGGGAUCCGGGCUUUGACUCUUGGGUGAAGGCUUUUGCACCAAACCUUUCUAAGCGACCAUAAAGACCCCAGCGGAUCUUCUUCUUCUCCAAGUGUGCAUUGAAAACUUGCUUCCUGGAGGCUUGGUGCACGGUCCUUCAGCCAAAGCCUCAGAAGUCCCGGGUCUCGGUGGUGGAUGCUCACCACGGGGGGUCUACUGUUUGGGCAUCCCUUCACUGUGAAGCUGUGCUAACCCUGCAGAGUGGAUCUCAUUCUGGAGCAAUUACAAAGCUACAUGUUUCUGAAAGCUUCGAAAAAUAUGCUGCAUAUUCUUUUUAAGCUCUCUAUGUUUUUGUAAAUAUGUUUUAUACCAAAUGAAAUGUCACACAGGUGUUCCUUUUCUACCUGGCUGGUGUACAGGAGGCUCAGCUCUGAAAGAUGUGUGUGAUUAACAUCUGAACACAGACGCCGUGUGUGAAAGGUGGAGGCUCUCUGUUCUGGGAGCAGGUCAGAAAUCAUACUGGUGUGAUUCUUCAACAUCCUCAUUUUAGUCAAACUCUCUUAUUGUUUUAGUUUAAUCCCAAUAGAUUUACACUCAAGGGGAGGCAUUCAUUUCUAAUGAUGGAUCAGUUCUAAUGUGCACAUCUUUGUCCUCGGACAGAUGUAAUAAUAAGAGUUUCUGUCGCUGAAGAAUCACAUUUGUUUUUAAUAUAAUCUUCAUUAACUGUAAUCUGCUCCACCUUCCUAAUAGAAGUUCAGUUAUUUUUGUAUUAAUGUAAAGCUGUGAAAGGGUCUUGAACUUGAGGCAGUCGGAGGGAUUUUUAAUAAACGUUUGAAACAGG